GUUUUCUCUCUGAUCGCGCCGUCGCUCAAUUAAUUUCAUUAACUACUUUUCUCACUAAAUUUUAAGCGCAACAACCUAAGAAAAAUAAUUGAGAUUUGGGGGCAGGCAGGGAGGGAGGGAGGGAGAGAGGAGUAGAAAAGUUUGAGGAGGGACUACCUCAGUAAAUUAAAGGAAAAAAAAUAGGCACACGGUACGUCAAAUUAUAUUAAUUAUAACCUAACCCAAUCCAACCCAACCACUUGUAAUAAUCCAACCCAAGAGGGGAACCGAAACAAGCCUCCGUUUACGAAUACCCCAUGAUACUAUGUGUCAUUACUACUAAUCUAUGAUGACAGAUCAAUUACAAUUCCAAUUCCAAUUACAAAAUUCAAAUAUAGUUGAAUUAUUACCAUCAAUUUUACAUAAUCUAUUUUAUAAACAAACAAAAUUAGAUAAUUUUACCCGUUAUUUACAAUCAAAAUAUGAUUUUGAAUCGCAAUAUUUAUUAACCAAAUUAAAGGAUGUUAAUGAAUCAAGUUAUAAUCAAUUGAAUGAUAAUGAUAAUAAUAAUAAUACCUUAGUUAAAUUAGAUAAUGAUAAAACCCUUUUAUUGGGGUAUUUAUUUGGUAAUGUGUUUAUUGAUGCCAUGAAUAUUGUUAAUGAAGAUUCAUCAAUUGAAAUAAAAAUACUUAAACGUGGAAAUGAUAUAAAUUCUAAUGAUAUCGUUGAACAAUUCAUGAAAGAUCAACACUUUAAUCAUCCAUUAUUCUUUUAUGUGAAUCAAUUAUCAUCACCAAAUUCAACCAUAUCAAGUAAAUCACAAAAAUUAGCUCAAUCACUUAGAGAAGAGUUACUUGAAUUAGAAUAUAAACAAUACUUACAUGAUUUAGAGAUUGAUCGAUUUGGUAGUGAAGAAAUUGAACAAAAAAAUAUUAUGAGACAAUCUCAAAUCAAUCAAGAAUUGAAAUCAAUUUAUAGUAGUAAUACAAAUCAAAAUCAUAGUAAUAAUGAUCAAACUGAUGAUAAGCAUAUCAAUCAAUCUAAUAUGUUCAAUCCUGAUAAGAAUUAUGUUGAUUUGAAAAAUUGGUAUUGUGAUUGUCAACAGUAUCAACAAUGUUAUAAUAAUGACGGUCAAAUAAUUACUAGUACUAAAUUGAUUGCAAAAUUUAAUAGUUCAGAUCAAUCGAAUCCAAUCAUCAAUGUAUUAAGACAGAUUCCAUCCCAUCUAUUAGACCCCUUACCUAUGUGUAGUCAUCUCCUAUCUGUCUUAAUCUUGAUUACCAAUUACAACCAUCUCAAACAUAAAUCAUCUAUAAAUAAUUCAUCUACUUGUCUAUAGUGUAUAUAUAUAAUCUACUAUAGCUGAGUCAUAAAUUAUGUAAUCUUUAAUUUAUUUGUUCUUAAUUUUCCAUAAAGUUCUUUUUCUCUCUUUGCCUGAAAAUUUAAAUUCAAAACUUAAAUAAAAAAAAAUAAAAAGUUUACCAAAAAGUUAUCCAAUCCAACCAACGCCAAAACAGAUCAUUAACAGCAUUCUUCCUUGCCAUCAACCCUAAUCAUUCCAAGGGUGUUAUCUUAUAAGGCUGUCUCCAUUCAUCAUUCAUUUGUUCUGCAUCUUUUAAUUGUUCAUUUAUUUUUAUAUCUAUCAUAUUAGUCAUUUACAACCCACCUCCUUCUCACUCACCCCAAAAACCCUCACCACCCGCCUGUUGUAUUUCCUAUCUUAACCACAAGAUCCAAUCGACAAUCUAUCCUUCCCAG